AUGGGGAGGGCCCGUGGAAGGGGUGUCACUGCUCGCUUCACGCUCCAAGAGGCUGCAGCAGAGGCGGCGGGGCUGAGCCGCGGAGGAGACGGGGUUUGUAGCAGCCUCCGCAUUUCUCCUUGCAGCCCCAGCGCCACCGCCCCUCGCCGGGCCGCGGCGCGCGUUAGGCCGCGCAAAGUGAGCGCGGGCGCCGGCCGGCUGCACCUCACCCGGGACCGGAGGGCAGGGCGCGGUGGGGCCGCGGCGGGGGUACUGCGCGAGCCGGGCGGCCCGCGCGUCUCCGGGGCGCACCAGCUGCGGCUGCCACCGUGCCCCGCGGGCCUACGGAGCAACCCUUCGCGCCCCCCUUUCCGUUCAGCAAGCGGCGCCGCGCGGCGUCCGGGGGCCCCCGGCGGGCGGGGAGGCGAGGCUGCCGCCAGCAACCCGGGGCCGCUGUCCACUGCUGAAGCGCCGGCGGACGGCGCUGCGCUGCCCGCCUGGAUGCGCCUCUACUUCUACGGGAUGCACGGGAUCACCCUGGACGUGCUCGUGUCCGCGGUUCGGCGCUUCGCUAGCAGCCCGGACCUCCGGAUGCUGGGCUUCUCCUCGCCCUACCGCUGCCUGCUGCACUCGCUCACCCACUUCGCCCUGGAGAAGGUCUACCUGCAGCAGCGGCGCUGCCCCAGCGCCUUCCUCUUCAAUUUUCUCCUCUACCCCUCGGCCCACGUGGCGCUGCAGACCCUGGCGGGCCAGGCGCUGCUGCUCGGCCUGCGCAGCGGACCGCGGGGUGCGGCGGCGCCGGGGACACUGGACCUAGCGCUGCAGUAUGUGCUGGCUCUCUACCACUGCCAUGUGUUCCUGAAGCGCUUCCUGCGCUUGCGGUACCGGCGGCAGCCGGAGCAGCGGCAGCAGCCGCAGCAUCGGCCCGGCGCGCCCCCCGCCCCUCUGGGCGCCCGGGCCCCUGUGGUUGCAGGUGGCCGGAGGCGACUACCCCGAGACACUCGGGGCGUCGGAGGAGCCUCCGGUCAGGGGCUGCCGGACCUGCUCCGCUUUCUUUUCUUCGGAAUGCACGGCUUUUUGGAUGAGAUCUUCUUCACUUUCUUCUUUAACUUACUGGGGCAGGGAGACGGGGCCACCAGCGGCCACACGUCGCUCUGGUCCUUCUUUAUUUAUGGCAGCUGCAGUUUUGUGGUGGAAAAGCUCUACUUCCACCUGCACUGCAGUCGUGGCUGGAGCGCUUGGAAGCGGGUGCCCAUCUACGUGAUCUUCGUCUAUGUGUGGGAGUUGUCCUGGGGUCUGGGACUCCGCAUGUGCGGUGCUUGUUCCUGGGACUAUUCUCACUACCCGCUCAAUUUCAUGGGCCUCAUCACCCUGAUGUAUUUACCUGGUUGGAUAUUUCUUAGUGUGUACCAGGACCUACUCUCCAACGUGUUGUGGCGGGUGCAGUACCUACCGACCAAAUGAGACAAAACAAAACAGAACAAAAGUCACCGGAUUCCCACGAAGCAAUUCGAUUUACUUUUACACGUUUAAAACGGAGUGGGUUUUUUUAGCCUUUUAAUUUUUAUACGUUUUACUAAAUUCUUACAAUAGGUUUUAUUGGACCCUUUAGUUUUUAUGACACUUUGGAACCUAUGCAUAAUAAUACAAUAUUUCAAAAUACUGCUCAAGACAUAAAGUGCUUAUCAAUAUUGAAAACCCCUUACAAGCCCAAGCAGUAAAACCAUUAUACCUUAACUUCAGAACCUGUAGUAUGUUCACUUUUUGGGGCGUAGGUGGGUGAUAACUACUAAUUUUUUUUUUUUAAGUGAGGAGUUAUUCAGAUCAGAAAUCAGUGAUCUUUACAAGAUUUGGCAAAAUUUUCUGAUUUAAUGGUUUGUUUACUUUCUUUUUAAUCCAAUUUCAUUUUAAUUCCUUGCCAUACUUACCAAUCCCUGCUGAAACUCAGUAUCUUGUACUUCUAAAACUACAGUUAAUAGCUCUUAAAGUGCCUCCCUCUAGUACACAAGUGAAAAAGAAACUGACAAAUGUGAAAACACAUCCUAUGGAUACAUUUUUAAACUCAGACAGGUGACACUGUGUUAAGAUAUUUGAUCUCCAUCCUGGAAAUGAUUGUUUUCCAAUGUGGAUUAGCCUUAAAUGCCAAGUGUGUUAACAUUGAUUAGAUUUUAUGUUAUCUAUGGCUGUAAAUUUUUGUUGUAAAAUGUUUACCUUGUAUGCCCAAAGUCCAAGCAAAGUUAUACCACUCAAUAGUGUUCUAACCCUAAGGACUUUUGCUACAUGGAGCUUCAAGACUAGAAACGAUUCCUUGGAAUAAAAUGAACCUAAAUGUUCAUUAUACUCA